AUGGCAGAAAGUUGUAACCAUUCUGUUAGUGGAGUCCCACAUAUAGAAUUUGAUCCAAGUGAACAUGAUCACCUCUAUAUCGAUUUGGAUAAUUUGGGAACUCAUUACAUGCAUACACUUCAACCAGAAACAGGCGUUCCACUUUUUUUGUAUGUUGCCAUGGAGAUGCUUACAAAGUGUGCAAUGUCGAGACAAACAGACCUUGCAUCAAGUUACGUUAAUCUUAUUGCCAAUACAAAUACCAGAUUCCCAACUGUUUAUAAUCCUGCGUGCAAAAUUUGCUACCUUGUAGCCUAUUUGUAUAGGGAUUGUAAAGAUGAGGAGGAAGCCAAAGAAACCCUGCUGGAAGAGGAAACCAUUACUGUAUUUGAAGUUAAUCGGGAACUAUGGACCCGAAUAAGACCUAAGCCACUUUAUAUCAAUAAGCAUUUUUUGAGAUACGUUGACUAUAUUGAUUAUCCAAUGGCUCUACUUAGUGAAGAGUUCAGAUAUCCUCUUGAACCUCAAAAAACGCACCGAUAUGAUUUACUACGAAAGAAAUUUUAUUUAUUUGAAUGGAGAGAUGGAUUCUCCUAUCUAACCUAUUACGCAAUAGUGUGCGGAGGGAAACGUGGCAAGGCAGCAGGAUACAUUUUGGGAAAUAUGAUGUUUUUAGUACAAUACCAUUUGGCCACUUAUUUUAAAGAUGAUAUGGACAUAGCGGAAGCACAUUACAUACUCGAAAAGUUGAGACUGUAUCCAGGAUCACAUAGUAUAAUUUCCAAAUUGUGCAAAGUAAUUGGAAUCGCAAUCUGUGAGCUGGAAUUGGAAUAUGAAACAAAGUCUUUUGUGCCUACACCAUUCUACGAAAUUCGAGGGAGUGAUUGGUAUAAGAGCGAGGUUACGAACUGCGUGGCAACUAUACUCAGUUUGAAUAACUGUUUUGCAUUCAAACCCGAGUGGCCCGUCGACUUCUCUUUUACUCACACACCAGAUUGUUCAACUCGACCUCACCUCUGCUUUUGCAGAUUUAUCAAAUUUCUAGAACGUACCUACAGAUUCCACUAUAUGUCGAUUUAA